AAUUUACUACCAGUGCAAAACUCAACUACAACAACAACAUGAGAGUCAGACAUUGGACACUGAAUCUACUAUUAGUACAGCUAUUGCACCAAAUAUACAGCACCAGUAGGUCAUCAUCGGUGUUAUCGGCACCGGCUAUAUGUCCGCCAGCCUAUACAGUCUAUCCGUGCGACUGUAGUACCCGAUUAUCCCAAUUUAAUUGCGGCAAAACUAUAUCAUCAAAUCUGGUACUGAAACAAAUAUUUCAAGAGUCUAGUCGUCAACUAAUACCGUCAACAGAUAGUGGACAGCCAUCAGUGGUUAUAUACGAAAAAUUUCAGUUUCAAAACUCAAUAGUCGACUCCAUUGAAUCGGAUACUCUGGACAGGUAUGCCUUCCGGGAGUUGGCCAUCGAUCACAAUGACUAUCUCGAAACAAUACAUACGGAAGCAUUUAAGUCCACUUACGGUAUUACCGAUCGGGUAGUAUUGGAAGCCAAUCCAUCACUCGGGCGCCGGGAUGACAGUGUCGACCAGCUAUUUCGGGUAUUGAGUCAGUUCCUCAAUGCCAGUCUCAUACAUGUUGUCGACUGUGGCCUCAAGUAUAUACCGGCCGAUGCUUUUCGACAAAUCUCUGGCCCGCAAUCACGUCUACGUAGGCUAUCGUUGGCCAACAAUCGUAUCGGUAGUAUAGGUGAUCGGGCAUUCAGCCAAUUGCCCAGUAUUUCCUAUCUGUCCCUACAAAACAAUCUUAUCGAUCGACUGGACCCGCAAUCACUGACAUUCAGUGAUCCACAUGUUGUCCGCGACAGCGGCGGCGGUGGCGGCGGCCGUGCUAUCGGUGGCCAUCUGUUUAUCGAUUUGAGUAAAAAUCGUCUCAAUUCGACAUCAUUCCGGUCGGGUUCACUACUGGCCAUUGGCCGACCCUAUGUUGAUCUACAACUAUCCGAUAACCUGAUUGACUAUCUAAAUGAAUCGCUGGUCAAACCAUUGUUUAAAUUACGGUCAGUUACUCUGAAAUUAUGGCGCAAUCCUAUCAAUUGUAGCGAUUGUCGUAUGCGAUGGACAACCGCUGAAAAACAUUGCGGCGGUAAUCAUAAUAAUAACCUAACCAUCAGUUAUGGCCAACGUAUUGACUUUCAGUGUCGGCUAUUCAAAGAUAAUUUCCGACAUUCUUAA